AUGGGGAUUGUAUUGCUUUUCCUGUUCUUUCUAUUUCUGCAAAGAAAUAACAAUGUACAAGGAAAUUGUUCUCCAGGGAGUGCAGUGACUUGUGAAGAUUGUUUGUUUUCUGGACCACAGUGUGCUUGGUGUUCUCAAGAGAAUUAUACAGACUCAUCUGGAAUUCACGGAAGGUGUGAUACUCCAGAAAAUCUUUUGUCAAAAGGAUGUCAGUUGAACUUUAUUGAAUUUCCCAUUUCUAAAGUAGAAAUUCACAAAAAUAACCCCCUUAGCAUAGGAAUCCAGAAGAAUAACUCUGAUGUCACACAGAUUUCCCCUCAAAAGUUAACUUUUAGACUGCGACCAGGAAAUGAAGAAACAGUAGAGAUUAAAGUUCGCCAGACUGAAGAUUAUCCAGUUGAUCUCUAUUACCUCAUGGACCUUUCCGCUUCCAUGGAUGAUGAUCUGAAUACAAUAAAGGAAUUAGGCUCAACUCUUUCCAAAGAAAUGUCAAAAUUAACAAGCAACUUUAGACUGGGCUUUGGGUCUUUUGUUGAAAAACCAGUUUCACCAUUCAUCAAAACCACAGCUGAAGAAAUAAACAACCCUUGCAGAAGUGUUCCACUAGAUUGCUUACCCACCUUUGGAUACAAACAUGUUUUGCCAUUAACAAAUGACGCUGAAAAAUUCAAUGAAAUUGUGAAAGAACAGAAAAUCUCAGCUAAUAUAGAUACUCCAGAGGGAGGAUUUGAUGCAAUUAUGCAGGCAGCUGUUUGCAAGGAAAAGAUUGGGUGGAGAAAUGACUCUCUACAUCUGCUGGUGUUUGUGAGUGAUGCUGAUUCCCAUUUUGGGAUGGACAGUAAACUGGCAGGGAUUGUUAUUCCAAACGAUGGGCAUUGUCACUUGGACCACAAUAAUGAAUAUUCCAUGUCAACAGUUUUGGAGUAUCCAACAAUUGGACAACUAACAGACAAGCUUGUGCAAAAUAACGUUUUACUAAUUUUUGCUGUAACAAAGGAACAAGUUUACUUAUAUGAGAAUUAUGCCAAACUUAUUCCUGGAGCUACUGUUGGACAACUUCAGAAAGAUUCUGGAAAUAUUCUCCAAUUGAUCAUUGAUGCAUAUAAGGAGCUACGAUCUGAAGUGGAGCUGGAGGUGUUAGGAGACACAGAAGGACUCAAUCUCUCUUUCACGGCAAUCUGUAACAAUGGUACCAUUUUUCCGCACCAGAGGAAAUGUUCCCAUAUAAAAGUGGGAGAGACAGUCUCUUUCAACAUGACAGUAAGCCUACCUACCUGUGAGAAAAGGUGGAGGCAGAUUGUAAUAAAGCCUGUGGGCCUGAGUGAUGCCCUGGAAAUUGAUAUUCAGCUGGAAUGCAGCUGUAACUGUCAGAAGGAGGCUGAGAUGAACAGUUCCAAAUGCAGCAAAGGAAAGGGCUCUUUUGAGUGUGGUGUGUGUGCCUGCAACCCUGGCUACAUGGGUCCUUAUUGUGAAUGUAAUGAAAACUCCCUGAGCACAAAUUCCUGUAAAAGGUCUCCAGAGCAGAGCUCCUGCAGCGGGAGAGGCGACUGUUACUGCGGGCAGUGUAUUUGCCAUUUCUCAGUGUAUGGAAAUAUUUAUGGGCCAUACUGUGAAUGUGACAAUUUCUCUUGCGUGAGAUUUAAAGGAUUGCAAUGUGGAGGUAAUGGUGAUUGUGACUGUGGUGAAUGUGUAUGCCACAGGGGAUGGACUGGUGAAUAUUGUAACUGCACAACUGACACUAACUCCUGUGUUUCUGAGGAUGGAAUACUGUGCAGUGGAAGAGGUGAAUGCAUUUGUGGAACAUGUGUUUGCACAAAUCCCGGGGCCUCUGGUAGCACAUGUGAAAGAUGCCCUACAUGUGGUGAUCCUUGUAGUUCCAAACGGAGCUGCAUAGAAUGUCAUUUGGCUUCUGAUGUCCAGUCACAGGCAGAAUGCAAUGAAAAAUGUAGAUUAGUUGAUGCAACUGUCAACAGUGCAGAAGAUUUCUCAAAGGAUAAAUCUAUUCCCUGCUCUUUACAAGGGGAAAAUGAAUGUGUUACUACAUUUCUAAUGGCUACAGAUGAACAGGGAAGGACAAUCAUUCAUAGCAUAAAGCAGAAAGAUUGCCCACAACCUCCAAACAUUCCAAUGAUAAUGUUGGGUGUUUCUCUUGCUAUCCUUCUGAUUGGCAUUGUUCUACUUUGUAUAUGGAAAUUGCUAGUUUCUUUUCAAGACCGAAAAGAGGUUGCCAAGUUUGAAGCAGAAAGAUCAAAGGCCAAAUGGCAAACGGGAACAAAUCCCCUGUACCGAGGCUCAACAACUACAUUUAAAAAUGUAACUUACAAGCACCAAGAAAAGCAAAAAGUGGACAUUACUGCAGAUUUCUAUUAG